CGAAUGUCCGAAACUGGGGAGUCCCUGAUCGAAAUCGAAUCAUCCCUUAAUCGACUCUCAAAUGAGCUCGACCAGUUCGAAGGAACAUGGGACACCAAUAUGUCUAAACUGCUGGCUAGUGCUGAACUGUACGAUACAGAGCUUCUCUCAGAUGACACAACACCAGAAGUAUCAGUGACUGGUCAAAUGCUGCUGGGCGAGCUAGGCACCAAGGGUGAGGAAACUCUAUCGCAAAUGCUUGCUCAUCACAAAUCUCUACAUCACGGUGUGUCGCAAAUUGGAAAGGAUAUAGACAAAUCGACUCACAAAGAGAUUGGUGGAUUGAUUCGCAACGAGAAGGACAUCGAACGAGAUCCGAAAUCUCAGCGAUUAGUUGAUGGUAUGGUGUGCGAUUACCUGAUGACCUGUGGCCAUACAAGCAUUGCGGAGAUUCUCGUGAAAGAAGCUGGUCUAGGCGGCCGCAUUGAUGGUUAUCUUGCUAAUAGAAAAGUCAUUGACUGGAUAAUGGAGGCUUUGAAGAAUCAAGAUAUUGGACCGGCAGUUGCCUGGUUGAAACAAAACCCACAUAGCGAUACAAAGUUACAGUACGACCUGUUGAAACAACAUAUGGUGGCGCUGAUUCAGGAGGGACGAAGAAUAGAAGCGAUGCAGUUUGGACGUCAGUUGUCUCCUUUUGGUUACGAACAAGAAACGGCCAAGGUUAUGGGGGCUAUUGUGAUGGGGAAGGACAGAAAUGACCCACGCUACGAAUCGCUUUUUAGCCCUCUGGCCUGGCCUGCUUUGGAAUCGAGAAUGUCCGUGGCUUUGGCCCAAAGCGAUACACGUUUCGCAAACGUUAUAUUAACGGGAAUGCGCGCUGUGCCCAUACUGGUUAACCUAAAACAAGUUAUGGUCAAUCGGCAAGAUCAUUUAUUCAGUGGGGAAGAAUUGCCUGUAGAGGUGAAGAUUGAUGAGUAUGUGCAUUCCACUUUUACAUGUCCUAUCCUACGUCAACAAAGCACGGAUAAUAACCCACCCAUGCGGCUUACCUGCGGACAUGUGAUAUCCAGAGAGGCUGUGACGAAGCUGUGCAGUAAUCAUAGAAAUAACCGUUUAAAAUGCCCAUAUUGCCCAGAAGAGUCUCAUCAGAAUGACGCAAAGCAG